CGCUCUCAGAGGGUCCCAUGUAGCAAUAGAGCCAACACGUCAUGUCUCCUUUCUUUUCUGCCUGUCACACUUCUGUACCAUAAAACGGUCAGACACCAACGUCCGAAACACCCAUCUUCUCUCAUCUCAUCCCUAUUGUCAUCCACAUCAUGCGCGUGACUCAGACUCUGCCCCUCUUCCUCGCUGGCGCAGCCACUGUCCUCGCACAGGAGGCAGUGACGGCUGAGUCCUUCAAUGCUGCGCAGGACAGGUACUUCAACAAGACGUGGGAUCCAACCAAGGACUUGCCAGACAAGUCUCAGAACAACCAGAUCGGGACCAACAAGUGCGGUACCGACAGUAGCGACACCUCAAUGUGUCAGAACCUGUUCAUCAACUCGGCGACAGACUUCUGUUUGUACUCGAACCCUUCGCCGGGCAUCAUCUCCGACCAUGAGGCCGAGGGUGUCUCCUACUGCACCAAGUCAGGUCGAGGAACGAGGACUAUCCCCGCGGGCACCAUCACCUCUGCUACUUUUGUGAAGACUCCCUCGUACGUCCAGGUUACUGGGCUGGGCGACUUCACUCGCAUCAACGUACAGGCUGGCGACGACGGAGGAGAGUACGACUUUGGUGCUGCCUCCGGAGAGGGCAAUCCCAAGGGUAAUCUCGUCUUCAGCUGCUCGGACAAGAAGUGCACCCAGAGACAUCGAUGGAUGCUCUUCUUGUCAGACAAGCAGUACUGUCUUCGAGCUUGUGAAGAUGGACCCAACUCGGAGGCAAUGUGUCGACACACCUACGACCGACUCGGCUGCGAAUGGAACAUGCCUGGAGACUACAUCGAGGGUCACUUCCAGAAUUGUGAAUCAGACGAUGCUCCAGACGUGAUGUUCCACGACGGCAAGCAAUACGUCCAGGGUGAUGGCCCCUUGGAUGACUCGACUGUACCACCGGCUCACCCUGCCCCAGCUCUCCGCAACUGUGUGCCCGUGAAGGAGGCCGAUCUCUAUGGUCACCUGACCGGAGACGUCUUCGGUGGUACCAAGGGCCUCAAGGUCGCCCCUGGCGCCGGCGACGCAGCCAAAGGCGGAGCUCUCCCCUCUAACGCUACGACCAAGGGUGACCUGCCGGCCAAGAACGGCACUACCAUUGGCACGCCAGUUCUCGAUGCUGGUAGCAUGAACUCCACCGCCAACGGCACAGUAGCUGACAGUCCUAGCACUGCGGGCAACCAGACCAUCAGCGCCAACUCGGUCAUUGGCAUUGAGGCCUCGUACCGAAUUGGACUUGGCCUGUUGGCCUCCUUCUCGGCUCUUCUUGCUGGAUGUGUCUUGCUUUAGGCCUCCAGCACCUGGGAAGCUCGUCGACAUCUGCAGCUGAGCACCUCUACCAUACUGUCUUACUUGAUUCCCCUCCCCACCCUCUUCUAGCUUUGCUCUUCUUUGCUACAUGCCACACAUUCUUUAGUACGCUCACUUGUUUGGCCUGACUCAAUGGCUUCUCACCUGUGCUCUACA